AUGCCGCCCAAGGUCAUACUCCCGUCUUGCUCCCCGUCCCGCGCCGUUGCAACGCAUCCUCAUCGCGGCUCUCUGGUGACCCGAGGCCGAGGCGGCCGUGCAGCUUCAUCCGCUGCCCAGCCAUCUCUUUCUCGCCGCAGUCUCGCCACUCCGACGAACACAAUGUCUGCGCGUGACCAUGGCACCGCUGCACCGGCGUAUGGCGAAAUUGUUGAGUCGGAUAAGGUCCAUGGGGAGAUCAGGGAGCUCGGCACUCAGGUGAAGUCUAUGAUCGCGCAGCACCUUCCUCGCCACGGCACGUCGAAGGAACAGGUCAUGUGGGGUGUGCGACAGUUCGGCCCAUCGAAGGAGUCGCGGCGCGUGCUGAACAAGGAGAACGACGCUGCUCGCCUGGCGUGGGAGACGGGCGUGUACUGCGUCUGGCGCUGCUGUGAAAAGCCGCGGCUGAGUGGGGCGAACCAAGACUUUUGCUGCCGUAUCGGCUACCAGCACGUGUGCUUCUGCAGCCACCCGCUGGCAGCGCAUACCACUCCAGGCCGCGCCGCAAACUCUUCUGCCGCCGCGCAAGCGAAUCGUGAUAGUGACAAGGAGAGAGUUGGGCAGGACAGUGUCAACGGCAACGCGCUUGUGCGCGCAUCCUCUACGGCACUUGUGACGGAUGUGCAGCUGACUCGGUGGAAGGGGCCUUGUGAGGUGGCCGGCUGUCCGUGUGCUUGGUAUCGGUAUGUGCCCAACACGCCACUCGAAAUCGGGGAGGAGUGGCUCACGCGGCGAGCGAACUGGAAGGCGUCGGAGUGGAGCGCCAAGUGCCGCUGCGGCCAUGGCCACAAGGCGCACGAUCCCAAGACGAUGCGGUGCAGGAGCUGCGGUGGCUGCUCCGGCUUCACGUCCGCCUUUCUCUGCGUCGUCUGUGAUCUACCGUGGGAGGCGCACGAGACGGUGUGGGAGAGUGAGGGAGUGCGUCUAGGGGACGGCCAUCCGGUGUGUGAAGGGUACGCGCCGCUAGCCGACAUUGAUUGGGAUGUCCGUGCGUUGGCACUCACCGAUGUGUCUAUGGGUGGCCGCAUCGAACCGCCCGCUACGCACCUUGCACUCCAGCAGCGUUCUAAUAACACAAGGGAUGUCACGACUACCAUCGCGCGUCGAAGUAUUGCAAGCGCACGGCCCUCGUUGACUACUGCUAUGAAGGGUCGAGAGGGAGGGCCCUCUGCAGGCGUGCUACCGGCCAUCACCGCCUCUGUCGCUGACCCGAUCCUUGAUGUGGAGUACUGCCGCCUCUGCGCCACGGUCUACAAGCGGCCAGAGUCGAAGUUCUGUGCUCAGUGCGGCCAGCCACGCCCACAGCGCCUGACCACACUCCGGUAG